UCACUAAGAGAUUUCUGGACAGUAAUAAUGGAAGAUGUGACAGGCGCUCAGCUCAUUGCUGAGGCACUAAAAGCUCAGAAUGUAGAAUAUAUGUUUGGAAUAGUUGGUGUUCCAGUCAUUGAAGUGGCUAUGGCAGCUCAAGCCUCAGGGAUCAAGUAUGUGGGGAUGCGCAAUGAACAAGCCGCUUGCUAUGCUGCCUCUGCUGUUGGUUACCUCAUCUUCCUUCCAGGGGCGUGUCUGGUUGUGUCUGGACCGGGACUCAUUCAUGCUCUUGGUGGAAUGGCCAACGCUAACAUGAACUGCUGGCCUGUGAUUGUUAUUGGAGGCUCCUCCGAUCAAAACCAGGAGACCACUGGGGCGUUUCAAGAGUUUCCACAGGUGGAGGCGUGCAGACUGUACAGUAAGUUCUCAGCUAGGCCCAGCAGUCUGGAUAUGAUCUCCUCAGUGGUAGAGAAGGCAGUACGCACUAGCAUGUAUGGACGUCCCGGUGCUGUAUACGUAGACAUAUCAGGGGACAUGGUCAACGCUAAAGUGGACAGGAGCAGAGUCAGAGAGGUGCCCUGUUGUCCACCUCCUCCAGUGAGUAUGGCUGUUGUCCACUGCCUUUACUCAUCAUUGGCUGUUCAUCAAAAGGAGGCCAAACAGCCUUUACUCAUCAUUGGGAAAGGUGCAGCCCAUGGAAGAGCAGAGGGGGCUCUGAGGGAGCUGGUGGAGGGGUGUGGCCUGCCCUUCCUGCCCACCCCCAUGGGUAAAGGGGUGCUGCCUGACGACCACCCCAACUGUGUUGCUGCUGCCCGCUCCAGAGCUCUGCUCCAGUCUGAUGUUGUGGUCCUACUUGGUGCCAGGCUCAACUGGAUCCUGCACUUUGGCCUUCCCCCCAGGUUUGACCCCCAUGUAAAGGUUAUCCAGGUUGAUCUAUGUGCAGAGGAGAUGGGGAACAACAUGCAACCUGCUGCGGCUCUCCUAGGGGACGUCAAUGCUAUUGUCAAGCAGCUCCUAGAGUAUGUUCAUAAAGAUGGCUGGAAGUAUCCAGCUGAUACAGAAUGGUGGACCACAUUGAAAGAGAAGAUGGCUGCUAACGCAACAAUGACAAAGGCAUUAGCUCUUCAGUCAACAACACCCAUGAACUACUACCAAGUGUUCCACCACAUCUCCGAGCUGCUGCCCCACGACUGUGUCAUCGUGAGUGAGGGGGCCAACACCAUGGACAUUGGGCGUACCAUGUUGAACAACUACCUUCCUCGACACAGGUUGGAUGCUGGCACCUUUGGGACGAUGGGGGUGGGUCUGGGCUUUGCCAUCGCGGCUGCAACAGUGCAGAGGAACCAGAACACAGGCCAGAGGGUGGUGUGUGUGGAGGGGGACAGUGCCUUUGGAUUCUCUGGAAUGGAGGUAGAGACCAUGUGCAGGUAUAAACUCCCGGUGGUCAUCAUCGUGGUCAACAACAAUGGGAUCUACAGCGGCGUGGAUGCAGAGACGUGGGAAAUGAUGGGGAAGAUGGGAGAUCUCACCACUGUAGCCCCCCCUGUGACCCUGCUGCCUGAAGCCCGCUAUGAUGAGGUCAUGAACGCCUUCGGAGGACAAGGGUUCCUGGUGCGGACAGAGGAGGAGCUGUGUAGUGCCUUACAGCUCAGCCUCAGUGACUGGGAGAGACCAAGUCUCCUCAACGUCCUCAUAGACCCCUCCUCAGACAGGAAGCAACAGGAGUUUCCAUGGCUAACUCGCUCCAACCUGUAGGCCAGUGAGGAAGACCUGCUUCCUUCUGCCACCUGAUGGACGAAUUGGGUACAUCCCAAAUGGCAACCUCUUCUCUAUAAGUUUCAUUCUCUAUGGGCCCUGGUUAAAAGUAGUGCACUAAAUAGGGAAUAUGGUGCCAUUUGGUAUGCAGCCCUUGUCAGUGAAGUUUCUCUCUAUAACGUGGUGUUUGGAGACAAUGAUAGCUCCUCUCUCGACCAUGAGAAGGCUGCAUGUGUUUUUGUAUCUAAAAAAUAAUUAUGUUUCUAUGAAAUGUUUUAAUCAAGUCACAUUUACUACACGGUAGUAUGACAUUUUCGAUUUUGGAAAUUUAUACCAUGAUUAAGAUGUAGAUUUGUGAGAAAAUGUCAGGUAUAAUAUUUGUCUUUGGCUUGUUUACUAUAUUGUUUACUAAGUGUCCUUGAAAAUAAACUUUGUUGCAGACAAACUGAAA